UUCAUCAUCCACUCGUUCUUCAGUCCCUAUAUGAAUAAAGCAAGAAAUCGGGAGGGAAAUGGUUUAAUUAGAGUUUCUCAGUAUUGAAGAAUCAAUGGCGCAAUCAACAUUGAGAGCAAAGGAAGAUGUACAAUCGUUUGUAUUGUUGAGUGGACACAGAAUUCCCGCCGUUGGAUUAGGGACAUGGAGAUCGGAUUCCCAAGCUUCCGAUUCCGUCGCCACCGCUAUUCUCGAGGCUGGUUAUCGACACAUUGAUACAGCAUGGGAGUAUGGCGUUCACGAAGAGGUAGGGCAUGGUCUCAAGGCAGCCAUGGAUGCAGGAAUCGAGAGGAAGGAUCUGUUCAUCACAUCCAAGCUAUGGUGUCAUGAUUUGUCUCCGGAAAGGGUUCGUCCAGCAUUGUUGAACACACUUCAAGAGCUUCAGCUCGACUACCUUGAUCUUUAUCUGAUCCAUUGGCCAUUUCGUCUUAAAGAAGGAGCCAGUAGGCCUCCCAAAGCAGGAGAUGUCUUAAACUUCGACAUGGAAGGUGUUUGGAGAGAAUUGGAGAAGCUUAAAACACAAAACCUAGUUCGAGACAUCGGAAUCAGCAAUUUCACGUUAAAAAAACUCAACAAAUUAACUGGAUUUGCACAAACAAUGCCUUCCGUGUGCCAGAUGGAGAUGCAUCCAGGAUGGAGGAAUGACAAAAUGCUGGAAGCAUGCAAGAAGAAUGGAAUCCAUGUCACUGCAUACUCCCCAUUGGGUUCACAAGACAACGGGCGAGAUCUGAUCCAUGAUCCAACGGUGGAGAAGAUAGCAGGGAAGUUAAACAAGAGCCCAGGGCAAGUGCUUGUGAGAUGGGCGAUUCAAAGAGGAACAAGUGUGAUACCAAAAUCAACGAACGCAGAUAGGAUCAAGGAAAACAUGCAGGUGUUCGAUUGGACAAUUCCUGAACAGGAUUUCAAUGUUCUUAGCAGCAUCUCGGAUCAGAAGCGAGUUUUGCAUGGUGAAGAUUUGUUUGUGAACAAGAACGAUGGACCAUUUCGGAGUGUAGCAGAUGUAUGGGAUCAUGAAGACUAA